CGACUUGCGCUGCUUAGGAAUAAUUUAUUUUCUUCUUGUUAUUUUUUCUUUUCGUAUAAACUUUAUGUGACAUUUAAAAUAAUUUUUUUUUUCUAUUUUUUUUUUAUGAUUUUCAAAAGAAAAUGUCGAAAUUUUGGUUGGUUGUAUUAAUACCGAUUUUAUUAUUAAUUCAAAUAUGUUCAACAUCUCCUAAAAUUAUCAAAAUUGGAGUAAUAUUUUUUCCUGGAGAAGAUGAUUUGGAAUUAGCAUUUAAUACAUCAGUUAGUAAUAGUAAUAGAAAAUUUUAUAAUAUGAAAAUAGUACCAAUUAUACGUUAUAUACCAGCAGAUGACAGUAUAAUAUUAGAAAAAUUAACAUGCGACCUAAUAUCUAGUGGUACUAUGGCUAUUUUUGGACCGAGUUCAGAAGCGUCCAGUGAUAUUGUGGAGGCAAUAUGUAAUAUGGCUGGUAUUCCUCAUUUAAAAUAUGAUUGGGGUCACGAGACAUCAUUAGCAGAGAAAAGUUUCCAUAAAAUGACUGUUAAUGUUUUUCCAAGUAUGCAAACUAUAUCUAAAGCCUAUGCUGAUAUUAUGACCAAUUAUGGAUGGAAACAAUUUACAAUAGUUUAUGAGGAUGAUAUAACUUUACUAAAACUACAAGAUGUCCUCCAACUGAACGCAAUUCACAGAGGUGGCAUUAGAACCUAUAAAUUUGACCGAAGUGAACCAUUUGGAACAAUUUGGAAAAAAUCAUUUUAUGAUCAAGAUACUAAAAUAGUUUUGGAUUGCUCCCCUGAUAUAAUUAAAAAAGUUUUAGAAAGCGCAAUCGAAUUUAACAUGACUGAACAGUUUAAAAGUUUUUUACUGACAGAUUUAGAUACAUUUACGGUUGACCUAAGAGAAUUUGUAACUAAAAUUCGUGGCAACAUUACAGCGCUUCAAUUAAGUAUGAAUGAAAAUAUUGAUUCAGUGCCGGAGGGUCGAUUAAAAACAGUGAUUAUAUACGAUGCGGUGCAAUUGUUUGCUAAUGCUUUGCAAUAUAUUGUACGAUAUCAGAAUCUUCAAUUUUAUGAGCCCCGUUUUAGAUGUGAUAUGACAAGAGUAACACCAUGGGAUAUGGGACCCCAAAUUGUUAGCAUAAUGAAAAGAGCUGAAAAUGUUGAAGAUGAUGAAUUGACUUUUAUUAGUAAAGGAAUGGAGUUUGAUGAAUUUGGUGAACGAAAUAAUUUCUUUAUUGACAUUUAUCGUCCAAUGAGGCAUAUUACCUUAGCGGUGUGGGAACCUAGCGAAGGCAAAAUCGGUAAAUUAGAAGCGCUAAAAUCAAAAAAAGCAUUUGCAGAAGAUGUUCAAGACGCGUCAGAAACAAAACCACAUUACAGAGUUGCUUCACGUAUUGGAGAACCAUAUUUAAUGGAGAGAAAAUCUUUAAUCGAAGGUGAAAUUUUGCAAGGGAAUGCCAGAUAUGAAGGGUAUGCUCUUGAUUUAAUUUAUAAAUUAUCUCAACAACUUGAUUUCGAUUUUACUAUCGAAGUUGUUCCCGACAAUAAAUAUGGUAAUUUAGAUCCAAAUACUAAAGAAUGGAAUGGUAUAAUAAGAGCCUUAAUUGAUAGGAAAGCAGAUAUCGGGAUAUGUGAUUUAACCAUAACACAUGAAAGACGACAAGCUGUAGAUUUUACAGUACCAUUUAUGCAGUUGGGUAUUAGUAUUCUAUAUUAUAAAGAACCUCCACCUGAUCCAGAUUUGUUUUCAUUUUUGAAACCUUUUGCGUUAGAAGUUUGGGUAUAUAUGGCAACAGCUUAUUUGAUAAUAUCGAUUUUACUUUUCUUACUAGCGAGAAUUGCCGCAGAUGAAUACGAAAAUCCACAUCCAUGCAAUCCAAAUCCAGAAGAAUUAGAAAAUAAAUGGAGUCUUACAAAUACAACCUGGUUGACUAUGGGAUCAAUUAUGGGUCAAGGUUGUGAUAUUUUGCCAAAAACUGGACCUAUGAGAAUUAUGAAUGGUUUGUGGUAUUUCUUCGCAUUGAUGAUGCUCAAUUCCUAUACAGCUAACUUGGCUGCUUUUUUAACUUCUUCAAGACAACAGAGCUCAAUCGGAUCAAUAAACGACCUGGCACAACAGAAUAAAAUUCAUUUUGGAACUGUAGAAGGCGGUAGUACUUCUAAUUUUUUCAAAGAAUCAAAUGAUUCAAUAUAUCGUUUGGCUUGGUCUAAAAUGAUUCAAGCAAAACCUACAGUAUUUACAAAAAGUAAUGUGGAAGGUUUGGAUCGUAUAAAAAAAAGUAAAGGACUUUAUGCAUUUUUAAUGGAGACAACCAGCUUAGAGUUUAUAACAGAAAGAAAUUGUGAUGUUACGCAGAUUGGUGAACAGAUUGGUGAAAAACACUAUGGAAUAGCUGUUCCUCUUGGUGCAGAAUAUCGAUCAAAUUUAAGUGUAGCUAUUUUAAAAUUAAGUGAAAAAGGUGAAAUGUUUGCAUUGAAAAAGAAAUGGUGGAAAGGACAUAAUGUAACAUGUGAAAAAUUUGAUGCUGGUGGGAAUAAUGAAUUAACACUUGCAAAUGUUGGUGGUGUUUUCCUUGUAUUAAGUGGUGGUCUAUUUACAUCUUAUAUAAUUGGUAUUUUUGAGUUUUUAAUGCACGUUCAUAAAGUUGCUGUUGAGAAUAAGAUGACACCCGUUGAUGCUUUUAAACAAGAAUUUUCAUUUGCUAUUAAAUUCUGGGUACAACGAAAACCAGUAAUGAAUUCAGAAAGUUUAUCAGGUUCAAAUAGUUCAGUUGAGUCUGAUGAAACUACUGCCACAUCUAAAGCAUUAGCUGAAACAUCAAAAUCUAAGAAGAGUCUUAGUAAAUCAACUGCUAGCUGAUUUCAGUACAAAAUUUCUCUAAUCUAUUAUUUGAAGGAAAAUAUUAUAUAAUACAUUAUUUAUUAUAGCAGUUAAUGUAACUAAGUUUGCAUAACA